UCCCGGCACACCGGCCCUCCCGAUGGAGGUUGGGGGUGGAUGAUUGUUGCGGGCUGCUUCCUUGUCACUAUCUGUACCCGGGCUGUGACGAGGUGCAUCUCCAUUUUUUUUGUGGAGUUCCAGGCAUACUUUGGGCAGGAUUAUGCCAGAACGGCCUGGAUUCACUCCAUUGUGGACUGUGCUACAAUGCUUUGUGCCCCGCUUGGGAGUUUAAUCAGUAAUCAUGUAUCCUGCCAAGUUGGUAUCAUGCUAGGAGGGCUGCUUGCAUCUACUGGACUAAUUUUGAGUUCAUUCGCCACCAGCCUGGAACAUCUCUACUUAUCAUUAGGAAUCCUUACAGGACUUGGGUUUGCACUCUGUUAUUCUCCAGCCAUUGCCAUGGUGGGUAAAUAUUUCAACAAAAGAAAAGCGCUGGCGUAUGGAAUAGCUAUGUCAGGAAGUGGAAUUGGUACCUUCAUCCUGGCCCCCGUGGUCCAGCUCUUAAUCGAGCAGUUUUCCUGGCGUGGAGCUUUACUCAUCCUGGGAGGUUUUGUUUUGAACCUCUGUGUCUGCGGUGCCUUGAUGCGGCCUAUUGCUCUUAAGGAGGACCGUAAAACUGCUCCCGAGUUCCUUGAACAGGAUUAUGUCCCUGAAGCACAGAAACAAGACUUGAAGCGAAUGUCCAUCUGUUCACCUUUAAUCAAAGCGUGGUCUCAUGAAUGUUUAUGCUACUGUUCAUGGAAGGAAUAUGACUUUUUACUGAUGCCAGGCUUCAUGGUGCUGGCAGUGUCAGUUUUAUUUAUGGCAUAUGGCUGUAGCCCUCUUUUUGUCUACCUAGUUCCUUAUGCUUUGAGCGUUGGAGUGAGUCAUCACCAGGCUGCCUUCCUCAUGUCCAUACUUGGUGUCAUAGACAUCAUUGGUAAUGUCACCUUCGGAUGGCUAACAGACAGAAGGUAA